AUGAGCAGCUGGGCAGUUUUCACUGGCCAUGCCUUCUUGUCUGCUGCAGCUGUCGUUCCACACUGGGAUGCAGUUGGUGAGAAUGCUCUCAGUGGUGCAGUGAUAGAACGUCUUGUUGAGGUUCUGCAGCAAGUAAAGGCACUGACGUGUCACCUUGAUGACAAUGACAGUGUUCAGGGACCAGCUCAUCUGACUGUGAGUCCCAGCAGCUCUCAGUUCUUUAAAGGAGACGUUGUGUCUCUGAGCUGUGAGGAGGACGACAGCUCUGCUGGAUGGACUCUGAGGAGGAACACAAGCAAACAACAGAGGACUCAGUGUGGAGAUGUGUGGGGAAGAUGGUCUGGUUCUUCCUGUAACAUCACUGCCAUAGUAACAUGGGACAGUGGCGUUUACUGGUGUGAGUCCAGAGAGGGUGCCAUCAGUAACAUGGUUAACCUCACAGUCUCUGGUGGAUCAGUGAUCCUGCAGAGUCCUGUCCUCCCUGUGAUGGAGGGAGAUGACGUCACUCUGCUCUGUCAAACAAAGACCACUCCCUCCAACCUCCCAGCUGCUUUCUAUAAAGAUGGCUCCCUCAUCAGGGAGCAGCCUACAGGUCACAUGACCAUCCAGCAUGUUUCCAGGUCUGAUGAAGGCCUCUACAAGUGUGACAUCAGCGGUCAUGGAGAGUCUCCAUCCAGCUGGAUCACUGUCACAGUUAAACCAGUAACCACAAUCCUGCCCCCUCACAAAGCUCUGCCUCCUGCUUCUGCCCUCCCCCACCUUGUAUUGAGAGUGGUCCUCCACCUGGUGGUGUUCUGUCUGUACUUCAUCUCCACUCUCCUCAUGGUGUCUUUAUAUAGAAGCAGAGCCAAAGGAAAUGACCUCAUAUCCCUGGUGACAGCACCACCCGCUCAGACUGGGCAGAGAUUGGCUGAGGACUGUGAUGACAUUGCUGAGGUGACCACUGAGCAUCAGUUCUGAGCUGCACAGACUCAGACUUCCCUUUCAGUCAGUCAGGUGAUGGUUAUCGCAUCACUGUGACUGAACUAUG